AUUAAAGAUGAUUAUGAAUGAAUCUCUAACAUAAUUGGAGAUGGAAAAAACAGCUUAGUUUUUUAAUCCCAGAAAAACAAUAAUGAAGUAGAAAACCAUGAAAAAAUUGCAACCAAUUGUAGAUGAAUAAAUAAUGAAAGAAUUUUCCAUACCUACAUUUAAUAGAAAGAUAAGCUAAUAAGAAAUCUAUGACUUCGAUUACAUAAUUUAAUAACAACUACAAAAAUAUAGUAGUCAACCAAAUAUAUUGUAAAAUAAUCAAAAUUUUAACAAUUUCUAUCUCAUUAAGUCCUCGCAAUAACCAAAUAAAUUACAAAAACCUUUGAAAUCUCUUCUAGGAGUUUAACAAAGAUUAUUAUUUCCAAAAAAUUAAUCAACUCAUCUCAUUAUUAAUGAAUAAAGUAAAUAAUCUACACCUGAGAAAUGUAGAAGAAACAUAAGAGUAUUACUUAAUCCCUUUAAUUUGGAAAGAAAAUCAUCUGAAAAUUAAUAAAAUAGAAUUUCUUCGUAAAGUUUAAGACCUUCUAAAUCUCAAGGCAAAACUUUCUUACAAAGAAAAGCAUAAAUCGGUGUCUUAAAUAGAAUAUUCUCUUCAAGAUCAUAGGAUUAGAUUUGA